UACGAAAGACACCCGAAAGAUUGCACAGUACGACUGUUAAAUAUUUAUAUUUCCCUUUUUGUGACGAGGGGGAGGAAGUAGGUGGUCUUUCGUUCUUGGCUGCAUUUCGGUUGCACGUUGGAACGUAAACGGUUUGAAGGACCACCUCACGGUGUGUGUCUGUGUGGGAGAAGCAGCUGCGGACACGGAUCCGAGUAAACAGUCGCUCCGACUUCACCGGAUCAACAACACGCGUCAUUUAAAGGGGAGGCGGCCGCGUCACGUGACCGGGUCCGCUUCCUGUUUACCGCCCGAUGCGCCCUCAUACCGGAGCGCACACAUUGCGACACCGCUGUCUGCUGCCGGGGGGGCUUUUCGUCCACAACAACAGGAGCUGCGUCGCGGAGCCGCUGCCCCGCGAGUGACUUGUGUACAACGUUUAGCCCGCUUAUCGCCGUGGUCACCAGGGAGACAUGGAGACGUGACACCGAGGAAACGCGCUCAGGGCCGGGAAAGAUCCCCUAGAGAUCCCGACUCCGGGUUCAGUUACAGGUUCGCCCGAUGUCACAAACGAAAACUAAACUGUGGUAACGUGGCGGAGGAUAUAAUAUAUACUAAUAAUCUCAAAUGACGCUACCGGGGGCUUUGACUUAGUGGAAACCUCCCGUUAGCCGAGCUAGCCUCUUAGCUAGCGGCGCUAGCCCCGCUAGCGGCGGCGGCAGCAGCAGCCGGGCAGCGCGGGCUGGCUCGCGGGUUGUGUUCGGGCAGCGGAGCCGCACGCCGGUGCCCUGAAUCCAGAAAGAGUCCCCGGCUCCGGCCCCCUCAAGCGGGCCGUCAGGCAGAAGCUGGCCGGGAGGGGAUGGCCUGGUCGGUCCUCCCGUUCCACAGGACACGGCUCUGCGGUGUUUGAAGGCGGUCGAGUGCGGCUGGAGGCUUCAACCGCGGCUCGCGGUGCAACGAUGGCCGCGUCUCUCGCCUCGGCCGGCGGCCACGCGGCCCCCGGGCUGUCGAUCAGAAAGAGCGAGGAAAUAGCGGAUUUGAUAGAUUUGUUCUCCAAGAUGCAGUACAGAGCAAAGGAAGCCACUCCUCGGGUGGAGGCGAUCGAGAAGCGCUGCCUGGAGUUGUUCGCCAGAGACUACAAGUACAGCAUCAUCGACAACUCCAACGGAGAAGUGUGUGGCCAUUACCCCCGGCAGAUCGUCUUCCUGGAGUACCAAUGCACGGAUGUGGAGAAAGACAGGUUUGAGAGCACCGUGCAGAUCGGUAAGCUGCAGGACCUGGUGAACCGGAGUAAGCUGGCGCGCUGCAGAGGGAGGUUCGUCUGUCCGGUCAUCCUCUACAACGGCAAGCACAUCUGCCGGUCGUCCACUCUGGCGGGAUGGGGGGAGCUGUACGGACGCACGGGCUACAACUACAUCUUCUCAGGGGGCAGCGAUGACACGGAGCCGGAGGAGGUUCUGGAGGACGACAGUGCAGUCAGGAACGGGGACUCGCAGCUCUUUGACAAGGUCCGAGGCCUCGACAUCAAGCUGCUGCGUUACCUCUCGGUCCGCUACAUCUGCGACCUGAUGGUGGAGAACAAGAAGGUUAAGUUUGGCCUAAACGUGACAUCGUCUGAGAAGGCCGACAAGGUCCAACGCUAUGCAGACUUCACCUUGCUCUCUGUGCCUUACCCAGGGUGUGAGUUUUUUAAGGACUACAAAGACCGAGACUACACAGCGGAAGGUCUGGUGUUCAACUGGAAUCAGGACUUUGUGGACGCUCCUUUGACAAUCCCCACGUGCUUUACUCCAAACCUGAACAUCGACUGGACUCGAUACCAGUCGUGGGACCUGGUGGAGCAGACCCAGAACUACCUGAAGCUGCUGCUCCACAUCAUCAACCGUGAUGACGAGAGCGGCCUCCUGGUGCACUGCAUAUCCGGCUGGGACAGGACGCCUCUCUUCGUGUCCCUGCUGCGUCUCUCCCUGUGGGCAGACGGCGCCGUGCACGCCAGCCUGGAGCCGGCCGAGAUCCUGUACCUGACCAUCGCUUACGACUGGUUCCUCUUUGGUCACAUGCUGCCAGAUCGACUCUCCAAAGGGGAGGAGAUUUUCUUUUUUUGCUUCAAUUUUUUGAAGCACAUCGUCUCAGAGAAGUUCUCAGCUGUUAGGAAACCGAGGAGGAAGAACUCCCACGUCAAAGACGGUGAUUUCACUGUGGAAGACCUCUGCCAGCUAAAGCCGAGGGAUCGCGGCAGCGUGACCAGCCUGAGCAGCGACUUCUCCCUCAUCGCCGAGGAGACGGGCGCCGCCUCCAGCCUCACCAACGACGCCGCGGACCUGUUCUCCAGCCUCCCCCAGGCCUCCAGCUGGAGGAAAGGCCCCGCCUCCUCUCCUCAGAUGGUGGUGUGCAACAAACCGCACCCUCUGGACGAGCACCUCUUCCAUCCCCUGAGCGAGGCCAGGUCCUCCAGCUCCUCCUCCUCCAACCAGUCGGAACACGCCGCCACGCGCACCGGCAGCAGCCCGCUGGCCGUCCCCGGCAGGAGGUUAGCGGCAGAUUACACCCGGUCCGGGUCCUCCCUCUCUACGGAGUACGGGAGCUGGCAGAUAGUUUCGGGUUGCGGCAGCAUCCACGACCACGGCAACUUCCCUCCGCCUCUGGCCUCGGCCUCCUCCGCUUCCUCUGCCGUGGCUGCCGCCUACGACUCCCCGCUGCCCUUCAGCUUUCAGGACGAGGGACCCAGCGGCCGGAUGUGUCCCUUCCCCUCCGAGCGCCAGGCCCGCCUAGAGGCGGUGCGGGAAGUCUUCCUGGCGGCCUACAGCUCCACCGUGGGCCUCAAGUCCUCGGCGCCCAGCCCCUCGGGGGCCAUCUCCGGCCUGCUGGAGCAGUUUGCCCGCGGGGUCGGCCUGCGGGGAACAAACGCCAUCGUCUGAACCCUCCGAAUGUGACAUCAGACCCUCCUUCCGCUUCCAUCCAUCCGCAGUCGACGCGACGCGCCUGGACUCAAAAGUGCCAAACAUCUCUGCUCAGUUCAGGGGUGACGCAUUCAUUUCUGUUCCUUUUUGAUAUUGGUUUUUCAGACCUUCUGUUUUUAUUUUUCCCAUGCUGCUCCACCUUUUCUCUUGUUUUCUCCUUUUCAUUUUCCAUGUUUGUCAGUCAAAUUCAGGGAGAGAAAUGUUUUUUCAGCCACAGUAUCAAAAAGGGAUAUGAAAGAUGUAACUGUGUGAGAACAUGGAGCCUCUCUGCUCCUCAGAGGCCCUGCAGAGACCAGGUACACUUAUGCUUCAUUACUGGUUCAAAUGGUGGUUUUGUGUACCAAUGGUGGGUUUUAAAAAUGAGGUAAACACUGCACCUACUGUUUCCUGACAGAACUAUCACCGUUCGAUUAAGAGCUUCCGUUUCACAGCUCACAGCUUUGGGGUCCAGACUCAAAGGACGAGGACGGGCUUUUAAAAGUCUGUCCUCAUGCGAUGCCCACAGUCCAUGCGGUAGUUGUCCCUCCAUCCACGUGAAGGGAUCCCAUCACAUGUUCGGCUACUCGACCUACAGCACCUCCUCGUUCCCUAGUUUUGUGAUAUCAGGCUUCAGCGGUUUGUCUUAAUCGGACUCGUCAAGGUCCCUGGCCGGUUCCCCGUUGGUGUGACAGACUUGGUUUGGCUGUGGCAGGAGCCUGUAUGGAAAGCGGGAUUCCAGAUGGCGCGUCGGGAAGAUCCGAUCCGUUAACCCGAUCGCUCCCGUCUGCAGGGGCUCUUCCCGAUGGCCUAACCGGAAGUGAAGCGAUGAACGUACCCGGGCGUCCGUCUUUCGCUCCACGCCAUUAAUAACGUCUCCAUGUCCUCUACUUGAGUCCGUAUCAGGCCGUCUCUUCUUGGUAGCACAAGAGGCACCGAGCGUCCUGGUAGCAGAUGUGUGAAGCGACGCCCAGCUGUUACCGCGGUUUGUUCAAAAAAAAACGUGACAUUUCUAUCUGAGCUGCUUUAGCGUAGAUUCACAUUUGAGUAAUUUUCUUAAGAGAAUCCUGUUGUGAGAUUUUUAUCUGGAACUUGCUUGUCAGUGUUGCCAAACCGGUGAUGAUGGCUGCUGUACCUCAGGACCUUUUGUCGUGCCUUUUUUUAUCUUCAGUAACACUGGGGCAGAUCUUUCUCUGGUCGGGUGUAUUUGCAUUUCUUAAAUGGUUGUAACAGUUUGGGUUGCAUGAGCAGCGUUGGCCUUUCAGUGAAGCUUUUGCAAUAACGUAAAGCUGUCGAGUCUUACAGGCCGCAAAGGUUAAUGAGAGCUUUUUUUUUUUCAUUUCUGCCUUUUAAAAAGAAGAAUAUCUUAAGGAAUGAUUGUAGUGGGACCUUUAGGGACGACAUGUGUUCACCGGGAAGAUUGACACGUACGUCCCUGAAGCUGUGGUUCCAUUUGCAUAUUUACAUUUUGCGGCGUUGCAAAAGAAAAGUAGUGUGGAAACGGCUAAAUUUGAUCAAACUUCCUUAAUCGUGGUUUUGCCGCACAAAACAAAAUUUACUCCGAGCGCAAUUCAAACAUGCUCCAUUUGAAGCCAAUUCCCCGUCGAGCCAAACCGCUCCGAACCAGCCCAACUUGUGUUGAGUGUUUAUGCUAAGCUAGGCUAACAACUUCCCACCUCCGCCUCUGUACUGAACGCUCGGCCGGCGUGUUCUUUCUGUUCUGGUGCAUUCUGAACCAAAUUCUGUUUUCUGUACCAAAAACAUCUGCUGUGUUUUAGAGGCGUCAUCUCUGUAUUGUUGAUGCGUCAAGGACAUCUUGGCUCUCAUGGCCUCGUGUGUCUGUCGUUGGCAUAAAUGGGUUUUAUUUAAACAUCCCACACAAGCAAUCUGCCUGAUUUUCAGUCUCAGCUUCACCGGCUUUUAUACUUUCUUUGGAACAUAUUUUGCCCAGGACGUCUAAUUCAGUUGGUUUCAUAUGAUUUGUUUUAUUUUGCCGUCACGUCUCCUGUCCGCCGGCACCAGACGGCUGUGGUAACGUUGUCAUUUUCACAUUGCUGAAAAAUGGCAUUAUAAGAAAAGAGAACCCUUCUCUGGAGGUAAAUACUUUUACACUCGCCGGUUUUGCGUGACAUCCUCCCACGUUUAUCUCCAAUUCAUUUUAAUUGUUUUAAUCUCUUUUGAAAAUGCUGCAUUGCACUGAUCUGUGUGAAAAGUCCUUUUUGUAAUGUUGAGGCAUUUUUAAGUAAUUUUUUUUUUUUUGUCAUUAAUUGCUCUGAAUUGUUUGCAGGCGACGCGCGACAAAUGGAAAGUGAACCGAGCGGCAGGUGUCAAUUGUGAAUAAACGACAAUUUAAAGAA